CAUCAAUACAAACCGACCUUUUUCCUGUGCCGAGCUCGAAGAAAAAAGGGCCUAGGUCGAACGCGUUGCUGUAUCGUCUGGUGCUGUUUUGUGUAGAGUUGUGGUUGAUAUGAAGACUUAUUGGACUUAGCAGGUUAGAGAGUUAGAGUGGGAUAUUGCAAUGACUUCCGUUCGGUGUGUUAUUACGCUGUGCCAGAUGGAGCAGAGUUUUCCUUGAACGAUGCGUUAAUAAACGACCGAAAGCGUCUUCCGUUGGGCCUCGAAUGGCCAGCUAGCCUUCGAUCGAUAGUGCGAAAAGUGUGUGUGCGUGCGUGCGGCUGUGUGUAAGGCCAAAAACAAAAACAGUAUUCUUGCUCAGUGCCCGAAGAGGUGUUCCAAUAAGUGCAAUGGCCCUUACAAUAUGGUAGCCAGCAGCUAGUUGGCUAGUCUUGGGGGCUCGCUUGUUUUCUCGCAGUCUUCUACCCUGAUAACGGGAAACUGUUCCGGUGGGCCACACAUCCCGUUGGAGAGGCGUUGGAAAAGGGAAGCAAAUUGUGGUGUAGAGAUAAGAGACACAUCCAACCACUAUCAGUACUAUCAGUGUGUGAAAUCAACACCAUUCCAACAUGUCGGUUCAGAUGACGAGAUAUAAGCAGGCGCAGUUUGCGGACGAGGAUAGCAGCAGCAUUGGGUCGAUACAGAUCAACGAGACGGCUCGCAGCCCUACGAUGCACAUCCGCUAUCAUGCCGCCAGAGGAACGUCACUGUGGAACGCUCGGAGCAAGCUGGAGAAGGUCCUGCUGUUGCUGCUGGCGUUCUCGAUCAUACUGAUCGUGGUGCUGAGUAGUUUGCUAGCGAACGAUAGUACGCGGAUUCUGCACGUGCGACCUCACGUAGGCUCGGACCCUUUCGGAGUGGAUGAACAGCUGCCCUGCCUCAACCAGCACUGCAUCUUCGCGGCCAGCGAGAUACUGCACUCGAUCGACUGGAGCGUAGAUCCGUGCGAUGACUUCUACGCCUUCUCGUGCAAUCAGUGGAUCCGCAACAAUCCCAUCCCGGAAGGUAAAUCGAUGUGGGGUUUGUUCGGGAAGCUGGAGCAACAGAAUCAGCUGGUGCUGAAGAAUGCGCUCGAGCGUCCGCUGGCGGAGUUUAAAUCGAAGGCAGAAAAGAAGGCCAAACUGUACUACCAGUCGUGCCUGGAUGAAGAUGAAACGAUGGAGAAGUUGGGCGCGGAACCGUUGCAGAAGCUGUUGCGUCAAAUUGGUGGCUGGAAUGUGACGGCGAACGCGAGCGGGUUUGAUGUGCAGAAAUGGUCACUGCAGAAGACGCUUCAGACCCUUCAGAUACGGUACAACAUGGGUGGACUGUUUGGAUGGGCGGUCGGUGAAGAUGAUCGCAAUUCCAGCAAGCAUAUCAUACAGAUCGAUCAAGGAGGACUCACGCUUCCAUCGAGGGACAACUAUCUAAACAAGACAGCGAACGCAAAGAUUCUGACGGCGUACCUCGAAUACAUGACAAAGGUGUCCGUGUUGCUCGGAGCAGACGAAACAGAUGCACGACGACAGAUGCUAGAGGUGAUUGAGUUUGAGACGCGGCUGGCCAACAUCACAACGCCUCAAGAUAUGCGUCGAGAUGAGGAGACCCUCUAUCAUCCGAUGACACUGGCGAUGCUGCAGGAGAAGGCCCCGUUCAUCAACUGGCAGGAACAUUUCGAGGAAGCGUUCCGAUUGGUGCGUCGAAAGAUCACUGAGAAGGAGCGAGUCGUCGUGUACGCUCCGGAGUACCUGGAGAAGCUGAACAUCUUGAUGAAGGAGUACACUUCGAAGGAUGAGAAGAAGAUCAUCCUCAAUAACUAUCUGGUGUGGCAAACCGUUCGGACACUUACUGCGUGUUUGUCUAAGGCGUUCCGGGACGCGUACAAAGGUCUCCGGAAGGCUCUGAUGGGUUCGGAUGGUGGUGAGGAACUCUGGCGAUACUGCGUGUCCGAUACGAGCAACGUGCUCGGGUUUGCCGUUGGUGCCAUGUUUGUACGGGAUGUGUUCCAUGGGGAUUCUAAGCCACAGGCCGAAGACAUGAUCAACCAGGUACGGGAUGCGUUCAAGGAGAACUUCAAGAACCUUGACUGGAUGGAUGCGGAGACUCGUCGGCUAGCGGUGGAGAAGGCAGAUGCGAUCAGUGAUAUGAUUGGAUUCCCCGAUUACAUCCUCUACCCGGAAGAGUUGGAUAAGAAGUAUCAGGAUUUAACGAUUGAUCCGAAGACCUAUUUCGACAACAACAUCAACUACAAUAUCUACAGCUUAAAGAAGAACCUGGAAAAGUUGGACCAACCGGUCAACAAGACCAAGUGGGGCAUGACACCGCCAACCGUGAACGCGUACUACACACCCACCAAGAACCAGAUCGUGUUUCCGGCCGGAAUUCUCCAGAAUCCGUUCUUCGACAUCAAGAACUCCAAGAGUUUGAACUAUGGUGCGAUGGGCGUAGUGAUGGGACACGAGCUAACACACGCCUUCGACGAUCAGGGUCGUGAGUAUGACAAGUACGGCAAUCUGCAUCAAUGGUGGAACAAUCAGACGAUCGAGCGGUUCAAGAAUCAGACCGAAUGCUUCAACCAGCAGUACAGUGCCUACCGGAUCAAUGGCAAAAACAUCAACGGCAAGCAGACGAUGGGCGAAAACAUUGCGGACAACGGUGGCCUAAAGGCGGCAUUCCACGCGUACAUUAACAACGAGAAGAACAGCUACACGGACACGGACACGUUACCGUUGCCGGGAGUCAACAUGACCCAUCGGCAGCUGUUCUUUGUGUCGUUCGCGCAGGUUUGGUGUUCGGCCGUAACGGACGAGACGACGACGCUGCAGAUCGAGAAGGACUCCCAUUCGCCACCAAAGUAUCGCGUGAUAGGACCGUUGUCGAAUCUAAAGGAGUUCUCCGACACGUUCCACUGUCCACUAGGCACUGGGAUGAACCCGUUGGACAAGUGCUUGGUAUGGUAGAGUGUUUCCACGGGGAGAGAGAGAGAGAGAGAGAGAGAGUGUUACUUACAUAGCACGUGGUGGUACAAAUUGCGGAUUUUGCGUUCUCUGCAGUCGCCUUUAUUUUUGUGUUUUUAUGCAUUAUUCUGAAGAGAUAUGUAUAUUGUUCCUUUCCACGCAGUACUCGAUGCCAAAUUAGAAACAAAGAAGGAAAAAAGGAACACGUACACAUGGCGUACGUCUACGCACAGUAACUAAUACGGUGUCGUCUCCAGAGACGAACAAUCUAUCUAGCAUUUGCGAUUAAGUAUUCUAAGUCAAAGACAGUAACCAAAAAGUAAGUAAGCGGCAAGAGCCAUAGCCAGAGAUGAUGCAGAGGAGUAUCUAUUUUAUUAUAAAAAAGCCAACUUUUUCUACUAAAUACGCUAGGUGGCCGUGAUUUUUUCUUCGGCGAGAUGAUGGGGCAAGUUGUUGGGAGGCAUGGGUUUUCGUUUAAGUAUUUCCUCAAUUCUUGUAUUGGAAAUGAUCAACACACACACACUUAGAGUUAGUACCACGUUCAUAGUGCGCGAAACGUUCAUUAUUGUGAUUGUAUCUUAAAACAAAUGUGUCAGAAGCUAAGUAUGUGAGGACAACAGUUUGUCGGAGCAGGAGUCAGGAGCGCUACACAGGGACACACGCCGUCGGUGGCUUGUGAUGAGCUCAUCAAGAGGAUGGAUGGAAAAUCAUGUGAAUUCCUACUAGUAAACCAGUAAAGAAAUGUGCCGUGCUGAGCGGGAAGUCAUCAAAAUGAAAUAAAACUUAUCCUAGAUUGUACUGAACUGUUCAA